AUGCUGCGCUCAUCACAUGGCACAUGGUAUGAAAAAAAGAACGAAAUCGUGCUUGGCAUACCAUUUAUGUACGAAUAUUGCUUGCAUCUUAAUGACAUCGAUGGAACAAUCGCAUUUUCGAAGCCUCUACGUUUCAACGUUAGAAACGAUCCAAAACAUGAUGUACCAAUUGUGGAAAAGCCGGAUGUGGUACAUGUUGUUUCCCCGGAUGAGACUGUUAUCCCGGAUAUGUCACCCAGCUCCCCAGGUAAGGCAGAUUCCAUCUGA